AUGUUUUAUCGUCGUUUACACGAUGAUGGGGUGAAGGAGGGUAGCCAGCAAGACUCGGAGAUGUUAGCCACAUGGGGGAGUAUGUGGAAAGUCCGACCUCGCAAGGGAAAAGUGGACUUUAGCCUAGAGUCCACCAGACCCUUGAUGACCGAGUCUUGCGGUGUCUUUGACAUUCGCAAGAAGUUCGAUGAGGCAGUUUCCCGCCUUCCAGAUUGGAAAACUACCGGGAUUGAUAAAAUAUUUAAUUUCUUUAUAAAACGCUGUACCUCAUUGCACGAUUGUAUGUUUAAUAUAAUCGAGAAGUGUAUAGCGUCCCCGGAUAGUAUCCCAAGCUGGUUGUGCACUGGUGUUACUUAUUUGAUACCAAAAGUACCCUGUCCAGCGUCUCCGGCAGAUUAUCGUCCGAUAACCUGCAUGCCCACCUUAUACAAGCUGAUGACCAAGUUGGUGGCUAAUGAGGUCAGAGGAUUUGUUGAGGUUAAUGGCAUUCUAUCCGAGAAUCAGCUCGGAACUGUGAGGAAUUGCCAGGGAGCAAAGGAGCAGGCAUUGAUCAACAAGUGUCUUUCUAACGCUUACGGAAACUCACUUAUGUCUAUGUGGGUGGAUGUUAAGAAGGCAUUUGACUCCGUUGAUCAUGCAUAUCUCAUCGAAUGUCUACACAAGCUGUGUCUGCCUGUGUGGUUCAUUAGUUUUGUUAAAGCUGUGAUGAGUAUGUGGAGUGUUCAUCUCAAGUAUAACAAACACACAAUCGGUGAGAUAAAACUGGAGAGGGGGAUUUUACAAGGAGAUAGCAUGUCGCCGCUACUCUUUGUGCUCUGUCUCGAACCAUUGAGUAGGCUCCUCAAUGGAAGACACGAACAAUUGUCGAUAACUCAUGAGGGACGUUUGUUUAACACGAACCACCUUGUGUUUAUUGACGACAUUAAAUUGUUCGCUCGGUCCUCAAACCAACUCCGCUCUAUGGGAGAAUGUGUGAACGAAUUCCUGGGGAAAAUAGGAUUGGAACUUAAUUUUUCCAAGUCGGCGACUAACUCGCAAUUAUGUGGAGAUCUAGUCAAGGUCUUGGAAGAUCACGAGGGAUAUAAGUACCUCGGGAUCACUGAAAGCCCCAAAUCGCUCAUACUCCCAGAAACCAAGAUCCAAAUAAUAGAGGGAGUUCGGAAGCGGGCAGCAAUGUUAUGCAAAACUCAUUUAAAUGCAAGGAAUUUAUUCCAUGCGUUGAAUGAAUAUGCAAUAUCAUUGCUUAACUAUUAUGUAGGUAUUGUGGAGUUUGAGCCACAGGAGUACGAUGAUAUGGAUUGUAUGAUCCGUAGAGUACUGAGGGAAAACCAUGUCCAUGUGCUGGCACCCAACAAGGAGAGGCUAUAUCUACCACGUGCUCAAUUCGGAAGGGGGCUUUGUGGAGUGGCCCAUUUAAGUGAGCGUAUUCUCCUGAAGAUGCAUGACCACCUGGUGUCUGGUGUUAGUGUAUCAGAUAGGAUGUACGCAAUCUUGCAAACGGAAAAGGCACGAGCUAGUCACCUUGGAACCAUAAAGGCCUAUUUGUUGGCUAAGUACGGUUUCGAGAGUGAACGAGUGGUAGAUGUGAAGGGGUUGAUCAAAGUACAAAAAGAGUCUUUGGUUAAAAAGAUCAACUUAAAAGUCCUUCACAAGACCCUCUUCCAAGCUUUGGACAAUCCGCAUGUUGACGUUAAGUCGUCAACGACUUGGCUAAGAUAUGGAAAUAAUUCCCCUCGAUCCGAAGGAUUAUUUACCUAUCUGCAAGAUCGAAACUUUUUCUGGAAUCGAUAUAAGGUCUGUCCUCAUUGUAAAUUGAGGUGCCUGUCCGUAGACCACAUAGCCACAAAAUGCGGUAGUAUGCUUUACCACGACUAUACGUGGAGGCAUAACGAGGUUGUACGUAGUUUACACUUAAUGCUGUGCAAUAAGUAUGGGAUUAGACGUUCUAGAAAAUUGCGAACUCAUAAGGUGCAGUCUGUGGUCGAGAAUGCCAGAGUAUGCAUUAAAGUGGAUACUAGUAUUCACACCUCGAUACUUGUCCAGCACAAUAAGCCGGACAUUGUGGUACAAGAUAAGGUCUCUGGCGAGAUACUUAUCAUAGAAGUUGGCAUCACAUGUCUAGAUCGUUUGACCACGGUGGAAGUGGAAAAGAAGCGUGGUCCUGGUAUGAUUGUGGAGGUAGACGAGAGUAUGUUUUCCAAACGGAAAAACAACUCUGGAAGAGUUUUACCAAAACAGUGGGUCUUCGGUGGUAUUUGUCGAGGCACCAAACAGUGUUUUCUGCAACCAGUCGCGGAUAGGAGCAGAGAAACACUGCUCAGUCUAUUCUGUGAAGCAUAUCCUGGAGAGGAGGCUGAGGCGAUCAG